AUGGAUCUUGGAGGGUCCGCGACGGCCCUCGUGCUGCAGGCACCGUUCCCGCUAUCGCCACCGCCGCCGAGCUCCGAUCCACGGGUCGGUGUUGGUGUCUUCGUGUAUCACCGAGCGACACGCCAAUUCCUGCUUGGGCAACGUCUAGGAUCUGCGGGACAUGGCACUUGGGGGCUACCGGGUGGCCAUCUGGAGUUCGCGGAGAGUUUUGAAGAAUGUGCUGCUCGCGAAUUGUACGAGGAGACUGGUCUAGACGUAGGUGCUGGUGAAUUCGGCGCAAUGAAGUUCUUGACGGCUACAAAUAGUGUCAUGGACGUGAAAACGAAUGAGAAAGCAGGGAAGCACUAUGCCACGAUCUUCAUGGAGGUAGAGGUGUUCGGGUCUGCAUCACAGCCACCGACGGCCAGGGUCAUGGACCCAGAUAAAUGCCGGCAAUGGCAGUGGUUGAGCUGGGAACUUUUCGAAAGAAACGUUCUGGCAGAGAGAAGCUGGGUGCUUUAUGGCAGCGAAAGCAUCAGUCAACAAAUGUCGAUGAUGAGAUUUUUUCAGCCGCUACACGAUCUAUUGCUUCAGCGGCCGAAUAUACGGGUGGGUGUGAGUGAGCAAGAGAAGGAUCUAGCCCAAUGGCCGUCUGGCACGACAAGGCAAACCUCGCAGAUACCGACAGGCCCUCGCUUCAAUCGCGACUUGCGGGAUGGCCAGAAUGUUAGUAGAGGGAGUUGGCAGACCGGGCCUCACAGCAAUUCUAGCUGGUCGUGGACGGUCCCAGAAUACAAUAGCACGAAGUCGCAGCAGUCAAUCAUCACUUCGAUCGGCGGCGGACCUGGAUACGCUCCAACUGGACCGAAGUCUCGAUCUAGUCUGCCUCCGUACCGGUGUAAUGCGCCGGAUUUGUCUUCUGCUUCAGUGAACAAUCGCGUCGCUAAAUUACCUCUGAUAUCUCCGCACCACUCAGGAGCUUCGAUCGCAUUCGACAGCAGUGCAGUCGAAUACCAGGGAACAGACAAGAAUGUUCAUGUCACUGUGCCGACUUACGAGACUCGCCCGACAAUUGCAAGUCUGAGUGCUACGACGCAAUUUCGUGACAGCUGUGGCCUUGGCGCUCGUUCGAACCAGCAUAGGCAGGAACGUCAGCACGCGACUACUUCACUCGCACCCAGGGAAGGCGUGCAAACGACGUUCUCGCCAGCCCCUUACUGCGUUUCCGCUAAUUAUCAUUAUCAGUCGGUCUUGCCACUUCGUCAGGUCUCAACAUACCAUCCAAACUUGAAUCACUCCAAAACUCCAAGAAACUUUCAAUGCAGAACGAAGCGUACCUCGAACAUGGCGCCAAACAUUAGAGCUUGGCCUUCGUACUCGCUCAAUCAUCCUGCAGGCGAUGAGAACGUGGUCAGCACGAGGUCAGUUUGGACUGCCAACAACCCAUCCGAGAGACCUGUCUUCAAUGACCAGAGCUACGGACGACCUACGCGUAAGCCGAAUCAGCCAGCAGUACUGUCCAAUAAGUCGCCAAAUACUCGAUUUUCGAUCGUCCAAGGCGCUCAAUCCCCAUCUAUCGAGAAACCACCUCCAGCAAGGGAAGCGUCCCCUCAUUCGAACAUGAAUCAAGAGCAAGGCCUGGAUCGAGUCUCGAACUCCUCUCACAUCAACGUUGAAACCAGUGCUGCAGAGUCUGCUUCGAUCGAGCCCAAUAUCGAUUCAGUCACUGUCUUCUCUUCUUAUACUGCACCUCCAGCUUCGACUACCACUCAUACUUUUGACGUUGCAAAGCAGAAGAGGACCUUAGAAGAGUCAAACACGAGCCUUCCUCCAGAGAUCAAUGCGGUCCCUGGCUGCCUUGUUGUUUCCGAUAUCUACGAGUGGGAGAAUUCAGACAAGGCUGUAGAAGAUUCUCAGUCCGAGCGCAUAUCCGUCUCACCUCCACCCUCUCGGACACAAGAAACACAUGCUGAGGAACGUUCGAUUUACGCCAAGAAUCUAGAGGUCGCGGUAAACCACAGUACGCCAAUCCCGCUACCAGAUCUCCAGACGCCAACCGUUCUGGUUGUUCUGAAAGUGCCAAUAGAAGAUCAUUGGACCCCGCGGCUUCAUCUGAAGAGGUCGAACGCUCGCGCGACUCCGCGACUUGAACGAUCGCCCCUUUCGCCAGAAGCUCAGCUCAGUCUUAAUGCGCGGCAACGAGAAGACGAGACUGAAGACCAAAUCCUGAAACGCCUACAGAAGCCGGCCAUGCAACGCGUCAAUCAACGGAAUCGAGACAAGCUCGAAGACAAACAUGCUACAACGGCUGUUGGUCUGCUUCACACUCUUCGAAAACAAAUGAGCCUAGCCAAGGAAGCAGAAAUUCGCGAGAAAGUUGCUUACUACAAACGACUGGGAGAGUCUCCGACACUAUGGACGAUCGACCAGAUAAAAGAGGUCGAGAUCCGCAAAUUCGGGCCGGAUCUCGAUGAGGUCGAUGAGGCUGCGGAAAUGAAGAGGGUCAUGGGCUUCGCGACUUUCGGGAAGCAGGCCAACAAGGCCUACGGUCCUAUAACUUCGACCUGGGCUACGACUGAGGAGUUCGAAGUACAGCAAGCGCAAGCAAAGAAGAAUAGGUCAUCCAAGCGCAAUAGUCGAUGGGCAACAAACUCAGAGGUCCGGGCCGAGCGGAUCGAAAAAGACAGUAACGCAUGGGGCUCCAUCGGUCUGGGUGACAUCUCUACUGAGUCAGGAGACUCUGCUGAGGAUGCUGUCCGAGGCGACGCGGACCCAGGUCUCGCUGGCUACGAUGGCAAAUUAACGGCGCCACCCAUCGAGUGGAAUAUGCGUCCUCGCAUGAAAGCUAGCAAGGUCAAUACAUCGUCGGCCAAUGCCGGUGAGGAAUUGGACAAGAUGUUCCGCCUGCAGUAUCCAGCCUCCUUCCCAACUAUUCCGACAGCAUACGUAUCAAACGUCGAUUUUCAUCCUGAUGGCAUCACUAUGAAGCCACGGACUCACUUCAUCAAUGCCAGCAACAUUGGUAUGUACUAUGAUCAGCUUGACAGCAAACAGGCAGACGAUGACUCCAAUGCGGCCGAUUUUGCGCAGGCGUUGAAAGGGGUCUGUCAGCCCUCUGAGGAGCAAUUAGACCUUGAGCGACAAAGCUCCGAUUUUCUCAAGAACAUCAAGACUGAGAUUGGCCUCAGCGAGACCUCCGAGAUCUAUUCCCAUCGUUACAGAGCGCUUGUUGCGAAAGCAGAUGGUCUCGAUGGAGGCAUGUCCACGCCCGCCACCGCAGCGAAUCCCAAGAUCAGCACUCCGUUCGCGAGUCAGCAGGUCAGAAGCCCGAAGCUGAACAUCUACCUCCGCCCAGCGACUCAAGCAGACUUGCGUCAAGUCACUGAUAUUUACAAUCACUAUGUUCAACACUCAACAUAUCCAACAGAUCUCGAAACAAUAUCAGUGGCUGAUAUGCAGGAAACUCUCGACGAGUCGGUCGAUCGCAAGUUACCUUUCAUCGUUGCUGUCGAGAAGCAGGUCAGGAGGAGCCGUCGCCGUUAUCGAACCCCAAGAGCCCGUGCAGACACUCAUCCUAUCCAGAACACAAACCCUGGCUAUCAGGCGCUGGUGGCAGAAGAGAAUAUCGUUGGAUAUGCCUACGCCCAGGACUGGGUAGCACAUCAAUGUUGUGAGCGCUUGACAGCCGAAAUGGAGAUCUACGUAAAGCAUUCUGAGCGACUACUCGGAGUAGGUACCACUUUGAUGGACAAAAUGCUGCAGAUCUGCGAUCGUGGUCACUUGUUGAAAGGGGAUCACGAAUUUGUUUGCGUCCCGGAGAAAGCUCAUUGCUACAGUGAGGGCGGCGCCAGAGAUCUGCACAAGGUGUACAUCUGUCUACGUACCUGGACCCAUCCCCAAGCGACACCUGAUUUUGAGCGCUCGAUCAAGAAGAGCGAUCGUGAGGAUGCGGUCGGAUUGUGGCUCAAGGCCUGGCUGGAAUCGUGGGGCUUUGAACAAGAAGGGCGUCUUAAGCAAGUCGGGGCUCGCAAUGGUCGAUACAUCGACACUUUGCAGUUCGGACGUAGCACCAUGUAUGCACCUAUUGAGGGGGAGAUUCCCGAUGCUCUGCCAGUCCCUUUCGUUACGACGCGUCAUUCGCUAGACGUCGCAUAUCAUGGCUUACGAAGCUACGGCAAUAACUUCCCCGGAAAUGGCCAGGAGCAGCCUAACAGCGCGCAAAUCCCCGGUGGCCAGGACCCUGGCGCGCCUGGCCAAAUCAACACAUCUGGCGCUCCUCCGAUGCAGUUCCCUACUGCUGAUUCCCAAGGUCAAGGCAUGCCGCAAGCUCCUGGUCAGCCGGGUACGCCUGGUGAGCAAAAGACGACUCUCUGGAUGGGCGAGCUCGAGCCAUGGAUUGACGAGAAUUUCGUCCGAAAUCUGUGGUUCCAGAUGGGCGAGCAAGUCAGCGUCAAGAUGAUCCGGGACAAGUUCUCAGGCAGUAACGCCGGAUACUGCUUCGUCGACUUCUCCUCUCCCGCCGCUGCUCAGAAGAGCCUUGGUCUCAACGGUACACUCAUGCCAAACACACAGCGUCCCUUCAAACUCAACUGGGCUAGUGGUGGUGGUCUGGCCGAUCGGCGCGACGACCGCUCUCCAGAGUACAGCAUCUUCGUUGGCGAUCUCGGUCCAGAAGUCAACGAGUACGUCCUGGUAUCGCUGUUCCAGAGUCGAUUUCCAUCCUGCAAGUCAGCCAAGAUUAUGACAGACCCUCUAUCUGGCAUGUCACGCGGCUACGGAUUCGUUCGAUUCUCCGAUGAACAGGACCAGCAACGCGCUCUCACGGAAAUGCAGGGUGUGUACUGCGGUAACAGACCUAUGCGCAUCUCGACUGCUACUCCCAAGAACAAAGGUGGUCCCGGUGGCAUGCCUGGUGGAAUGAACCAUAUGAUGGGCGGAGGCCAGCAAUCUCAGCAACAGCACAUGGGUUAUCCGCCUCAGAUGGGUGGCCCUCCCAUGCAGCAAGGCUUCUACGGUGGUGGUCCUCAGCCCAUGAACCAAUUCACCGACCCUAAUAACACGACUGUCUUCGUUGGAGGUCUAUCUGGCUACGUCACCGAGGACGAGCUUCGUUCCUUCUUCCAGGGAUUCGGCGAGAUCACAUAUGUCAAGAUUCCUCCUGGAAAGGGCUGCGGCUUUGUUCAAUUCGUUCAGCGUCAUGCCGCCGAGAUGGCCAUCAACCAGAUGCAGGGAUAUCCUAUUGGGAAUUCUCGUGUCCGUCUCAGUUGGGGUCGCAGUCAGAACAAUUCAGGACCUGCCGGAACUCCCUAUCGUCCUGCACCACCCCCGCCUAUGUUCGGGGCCCCGCAAAUGGGCGGUGGCAUGCCCCCCAACAACCCUUACGGCAACUACUAUAAGCCUGCCUUCACGAAGACGAAGAAACGUUGA